UAAUAAUUGGUUAUUUUUUAUUGUGAGUUAAGUCAUUAGUUAGGAUCGUCACACACAAAAUGUAUAGCUGCGUAUGCAUAGCAUAAGAUUGUCUGGGCCAACCAGCAUCCAAUCGAUACUUAUGUUAUGCUCUGUAAGUUAAUAUGACGACUUUAUGGCGAUCAGUUGUUCAUUCAUCGAAAUAGUUAUGUUAUGUCAUAUGCUAUGUUCUAUACUUUCCUGUGUGACAGGUGUUAUUGCCAAAAUAAACCAUAAAAAUCAUUAUAAAAUUAUAGAGCAAAUUAACAGUAUGACGCAAAAUUAGCUUUUUUUUUGCAAAAUUUAUGUGUCUUAUUAGUUCACAUUAUAUAUCAUAUAUGUAAGUUUUCGUUUGACGUGGAUCAUUAGAUAUCACGUAUCAGAUUGCAUGUAUAUUGCAAUUGCACAAGUUUUAACGAGUAAUGGAAGACUCAAUGCACGAUAAUCGUAUCGACCGAUUACCAACGCAUGUAUCCUCAUUAGUAUACAGUUCGUUGAGCUUACAAUCGUCUGUAAUUAAUUUACGGCCAACGCUUGUAACGAACCAGAGCGAUGCCGUGGGCGAGUCGGCUUACUGCAGCCGCUGGUUCGGCAGCACUUUCGGUCGCAACUUGCAGAUCAUGAUGAUACGGUCGAAAGUUCCUUCCAGGAUCACCGCCGCGAAGUUCUACAGUAUGUCCCUCGGAAGUUUCUCUCGAGUGCUCAGUACAUCUUUCUCCUAUAUAAUGGUUCUGUUGUCCACAAGCGAGAAGUAAGGAGCAGCAGCAUAGGCAAUCCUAACGCCGGCUCUAUAUUUCACAGAGAAUACAUUAGUCGUUCCGCUAGACCGAAAAUAUCAUGUGGGGAUCAAAGUGGGAUCCCGCUUGAAAGUCGCGUACUUUUAAGCAUACUUUUAAGAUAGCAUAAAAGACGGAUAAAGCGCUUCAAAGGAAUCGAAAUGAAGGCCAUGCGCGGCGAAAUGGAAUAUAUGCGCAUAAGAGAAACGAGUCGCGAUGACCCGAAAGAGACUUCUUAGCCGACUGUACGUGUUCUUUGUUAAAUAUGAGAGAGACGUUGUUACUCCCUCGCGAGUGAACGUAGGCACAGCAAAUUUACCCUCUGAUUAAUUCCCCGCCGGUAGACUCGCGUUAAGUCGCGGUCGUCACCAUCGUGCAACACGGUAACCCAGUAACUUCGUUAAACACCGAGACAUGCCAGUGACUAUGCCCUCGUUGUACGGGGGUAGUGUAAUCGACGGUACCGCAACAGCAACGAUUUGUCCUUGCUCGUUCUAUCGCGAGUUCUGUCUGCUAAAUUACAGGACGAUCCGUAUGUCGCGGCUUGUUCCACGAUAAGAAAUUUAAAUGAUAAACUUAAAAGCGUGCAUUACUUGUGAGCAUUUUUUUGACUAUAUCUUAUUUUUAUAGAGUUAAAGCUAGACUUUAACAAAGGAUAUAUUACAUAUUCUCUGUUGAUGUAUCGCAAUAUUAUAUUUUUUGAGGAUUUCGACCAGUUCUUGAAUUUAUAAAUCAAUAAAUACAUAAAUCUUUAAGAUUCUUAGGUCUUUUCUCUCAGACAUUUAUACAUAUAUAUAUAUAUAUAUAUAUAUAUAUAGAUCUUUGUACGUUUGUGCUUCUGUUAGUCUGAACUCUUAGUUUCAAAGUUCUCGAAGCCUUUAUAUUUUUAGAUUCUUAAGCUCUUGAGUACAUAGAUCUUCAAUUCUGACGUACCCUUGAGCACUCAGCUCUAGCAAGCACUUAAAUCUCUCAAUUCUCGCAUUCACAAAUCCUUCGUACCUCUGAUAACAAGCUCGAUGUGGCAAGCUGCCCGAAAUUGCUUCUUCCAAAUCCUAAUCGUGACUAACAUCUGACGUUUUAUGGAACGCCUUGUAUACAUAAUUCACCAGCGAUUCGCGGUGUUCUCUUUUCCGUGCUGAUGUCGUCGGGGGCAAGGAAUCGGAUAACGUCCAGGCAAAAUGGCACAGCGAGUUCGGCCGAAGCCCUCACUAAACUCGCUCGUUUGCUUGAUCGCUCGCUCACUCCUGGUGGGGUAAACCACGAAGCGAGAUGGUCUCGGGAACGACUCGAGGGUAUUUUCAUCGCGGCAGUGCAACACGUGCACCCAGUACUACCCGGUGCACGCAUUUGUCUCGAUCACUCUUUACUAGCUCGCGCUACCAAAUUUGUGGCGAUCAGCGGUUGCAUUCAAGCUCCCCAAGAUGCGAGUCGCGAAUAUUUUCGUGCAUUCUAUCGUUAACUUUCAAUCGAUAAUUGUCUGUAACGAUAUGGACUUCGGUGUGAUCGACGUCUCGUCGCAGGAGAACAUCAGCGAGAUGUAGAUAGUCGGAUGACGCCAACAUUGUUACUCGCGAGAUGUUAAUAUGGCGAACAUCAAGGUGGCGGUCCGCGUGAGACCGGUGUCUGUUAGGGAAUUAAACUUGACAGGAUCCGCAGUGGUUGUUCGCGCGGAAUCGAAGGAGAUUUCUCUGACGAAUUUGAAAGUAUCGUCGAGUAAGGUCGGAGACAGUCGCGAGAGAACUAGGCGAUAUGAUUUCGAUUACUGUUUCGAUUCAUCAGAUCCUGAAGCGAAGAAUUAUGCCACUCAAGCGAUGAUUUACGAGACACUCGGCCAGUCCAUUCUGAAUGCCAUGUUUUCUGGAUACAACUCUUGCCUGGUGGCUUACGGACAGAGCGCGUCGGGCAAAACCUACACAAUGAUGGGCACAAAGGAGGAUCCUGGGCUUAUUCCACGGCUCUGCGAAGGAAUCUUCUCAAAGAUUGAGCAAAAGAAUGAGCACGAGAAGAUCUAUCGCGUGACAGUUAGUUAUCUGGAGAUAUAUAACGAGAGAGUGAGAGAUCUCCUGAAGCCGUCGACAAGCACGAGCGGUCUUCGAGUUCGAGAACAUCCUCGACUAGGACCUUAUGUUCAAGGAUUAACGCAUCAUGUGGUUCGCACUCUGGGAUCGUUGAUAUCAUACGUGGAAGAGGGCACAAAGGCCAGAACGACAGCCUCAACACUUCAGAACCCCAGCAGCAGUCGUAGCCACGCUCUGCUGACGGUUGACCUCUCGCAAGAGACGGCCAACACCGGGCGUCCUAACGUCAGUGGUACUUCCUCGUCCUCCAGGAGGCAAGACGCCACUCCGCGCGGCGGUAGCAGAUUGCACCUAGUCGAUCUGGCGGGCAGCGAGAGCGCGGCCACCUGCAGCGGUGUUCAUCGACUGAAGGAAGGUGCGAAUAUCAACAAAAGCCUGGUAGCUUUAGGGAACGUGAUAUCCGCACUUGCCGAGAGAGGCUCAACCGGAAGUAGGCCAGGAAGAAGAUACAUCCCUUACAGAGACUCUUCGCUCACUUGGCUGUUGAAGGAUGCACUCGGCGGAAAUGCCACCACCAUUAUGCUCGCCACGAUAUCUCCGGCUAGCGGAAGUUACAACGAAACCGCGCAUACCUUACGAUUCGCGCAAAGGGCGCAGAGCGUGGUCAAUCGACCAGUGGUCAACGAGGAUCCCGUGGAGAAAAUCAUCCAUGAGUUAAGGGCCGAGGUCGCCAGAUUGAAAUCUUUAUUAUUAGAAAAGGAUAUCGACCAGACUAAGGCGCCGUGUUGCUGUGGCAAAGUUCAAAGUUCAAAGGAUUCCGCUACGAAUUCUCAGUAUCAUAAAAAGAAGGAAACACUCAAUCCACAAUCCGAGGAAUCCGAUCAUAAGAAUAAGACUGUACAAUCAAAAGAUGAUGGAUUCCUCAAUGUACUUUCAAUAAGAAGAUUCAAUUCUAGUGAUAGUGUGACGCCUUACGAGACUGGCUCUUCAGGAUUCAUAAGAAAAUUUAACUCCUUUGAGCAUCUGCAACUUCCAGACCGUUUCAUCAACAAUUACAACCAGGCCAAGGUUACCGAGUUGAACGACGAGGAUGAAGAGGUAGUAGACGAAAUCAACGAACCAGUUUUCGUGGAUAUACCGACACUAGUGGCUGUGCUGAUCAAACCGGACGACAGCUUGCAAGAAUCGUCGACACAGAUCGAGGAGAUUUGUUCCGACGAAGUACAAGAAGAUUCGAUCGAUGCUGAUUUUAUAGAAGGCAAUAACGAAGAUUUCGAGGGUCUAGAAAGGAGCGAUGAUAUCGAUCCUGAUGAUCGCAGUAGUUCAGCGAAUUCAUGCAUCUUAAAAGAUUCGGAGAGCAGUGAUCUUCAUCAGAUUACAUCAGAAUGUACUCCAUCAAGUCCGGCAUCUGUUGGAAGAAGCAGACCGAGAGGCAAAUUCAAUAAGCAAAGUUCGGUCGAUUUACCUUCGUCAAACUUGAAUGUUUCGAAAAAGUUUGGCUCUAUUGAUGGUAUUAAUAAAAAGAAGGAACCAAUUUUCGGUGUUCAACGAUCGCAUACGAACUUGGAGAAACGUCCGGCGCUGCCCGAUCGUGGCAAGAAGCUCAAUAAUAUCCGCGAGAUCGACGAUCGCAAGACAAAUAUUAGAUCGGAGAGCAUCUGGAGAGCGAUCGGCAGCAAAGACCAUUUGCACAGAAAAAGCAGCAACGAGUCCGACAAGAGUGUAAAGGAUUCUAACAGCAGAACAGGUAGCUACAGUAGUAUCGGUAGAAAAGCGAGUUUGGAAAGCUUGAGGAGGAAAACGAGCAAGGAUAGUAGCUCAAGUAGCUCCAAAGACGAACAGAUCUUGAUUUCGAACUUGGCGCGUGACAAGCUAGCGCGUAGAAAAAGCUCUUUAGACCAAGAAGCGGUAUCGGCUGCGGCGGCAACGGUGGCGGGUGGUUUAAAACAUCACACGGUCAUUCAAAGGGUGAAACGCGCCGAGAUUGUGGCAGCUGUUACAGAAAGGCUCUACUCUAGCAGAAAGCACACGGAAGAGACAAAUAUGGCAAGUAGCAACGCAUCGGAUACGCGUUCACCUCCGGAGGGUGUCGACUUGAAGACGACAAGCAGUCUCCUAGCACGAUCAAGGCUCCAGGAAAUUUCACGGAAGAUGCUAAUGAAACGACGAAGGAUCAACGUAGACACGCAGACGGAAGGGGCAUCGACGUUGCGCUUCAAGGAUACGGCGAGUCUAACGGAUGAACCUAAAAUUGACGUCCGAGACGCAGCGGUACUCACGGACGAUCAUGUGAAUAUAGACGCGGUAGUUAGGAUGGUGGAUCGUCGAUUACCUGUUAUUAGGGUAAAAGACAUGGCAACGUUGACUGAUCGACGGCCGCAAACUAGCAUUUUCCGAUGCAAAGACGCCGAGAGUUUGGCCACCGAUCUUGACUUCGAUGACUACGAACUCCACUCGCCACGAAAUGAUUCUGGUAUACUGUCCGACGACGCGCAAAAUUAUACUGAAAGUAAUCUAUCCAGUGUCGACGUGUCCGAACUUUAUCCGGAAGGUGGUGACAAAAGAGUACCGUGCGUAGACAGCGCGACCAACACGUUCCUCGCGUCACCAGGAAGAAAUUCGGCGGUGCAAACAAUUAAUCGACAAAAAGAUAAUAUAUCGGAGAGUAGAAGCUACAGCAGAUGCUGCAGUAUGAUUCACGAGCUCAACCAACAUGCACGAGCAAGUAGUCCUGAGAAAAAUGUUAUCUCCAUAUCUCUACCGGAAAUGAUUAAUAUAACUAUUGAGAGUACGAACGGUUUAGAAUCAAGGAUCGCGGUGAUGGACGGCAGUGAUACCGUGGAGGAGAAACCAAAACCGAUUUCCAGCGACAAGGAAGCUCAGACGGAUAAGGAGAUUAAAAAUGAAACUGAAGGAUCUCUACUAAGAGAUUUUGCAGUCAAGUCGACGGCCAUUCAAGCGGACGGUAGAGUUUUUAGAAUUGAAAAUAUCUUUCAGGAUCCGAGAAGCUGUCAUGAUACGACUUCCGACUUAAAAAAAGAAACUACAACGAAAAAAUUGGUAACUUUUAGGAGUUCUUUAGGUACUUCCUCCGACAUCAAAACAAAAGAGAGCGGUACAGAGACGGAAUGGGACGGAAUAUACAUCGAUGAUCUUUGUCAGAGAACGCAGUCGAUUUCGAAAGAUAGUUUAACGCAGGCUUUCAUCAUUAAGAAACGUAGUUACAGUUUGAGUUCUAGAAAACCUAUACACAGAUUUGCUCGCACUGAUCUCUGGAAGUACUGGACACUUCCGUGUCCAGAAACAUCAUUAGAAAAAUCGGAAUUAAUCGAUUACAACAGAGAGAUAAGAGCUACGUCAUCUUCUGCCCAGCAAGAUAUUAAUUUAGGUGAUGGUUCAGUUUCUUCUACAAGCGGUAAAUAUACUUUUGUUGAAAUUCCAGAAGAAGAGACGGCUCAGGAAUCAUGUAAUCAAAACUCUAAAGAUAAUUGUACAAACUUGAACAAAUCAAAAUCUGUCUCGCUACAGAACUUAUUAAACUAUGAUUAUAAUUUUUCGGAUGACAGUCUUGAUUAUGACGAAGACAAUAUCGCAAAGAAGUCAAUUGAGAUGAAAACGAUGAAUAUGCAUGAUGAUAAAAAUUAUGAGAACCUUUGUCCUCCAGAUGUCGUCGCACACACAAAGAAGGAAGCUUCAAAGGCUAUUAAUCACAUAGAUUCGACUAAGAUCGAAUCCUUGAUAGACGGCGAUUUUGAUGACGCUCAAAUAGAAUUUCCAAAAAGAAAUCCUGCUGAAAUACCAGAGAAGAAUGCAGUACACGAUUACAAGACGUUGAUUUUUGGGACAUCAUUGUACGUAGUAGACAGUGAUUCCGAAGAAGAAGCAAAAAUCGAACAACUUGAUAAUAUUAACAAGAAAAAAGUAUCAUUUUCAAAUUCCAGUAGCAUCGAGGAAAUAAAUGACGUCGUGCCUGAUUGCAAAAUUGUGGCAUCGAAACAAAAUUCAGAGAUAGCGUUAAAGCCAAUUAUCAAGAAAACAAAGAAACCGAUUGUGACUGAAAGUUUAGACAUCAUUCAAUCGAAUGGCGAAAUUGGUCAGUCCUUGCAGCGAAAGAAGAUGAAAUCGACAAUGAGCGAGGAAGUUUUGUCGACCUUGAAAGAGAGUCGUGAUUCUGAAGACUCCGAAAAAUCGCUUAACAACAAAAAGAUGGAAUUCUCCAACGAGGAUCAUCGCAACAAAGAUGUUAAAAACAAUGUCAUCAACGAAGACAAUUGUUCUCGUACAGCAUCAACGAGAAAUAUUCUUGAAGAAUACCUAAAUGAGGCAAUAACCUUUAUGCGCAACAUGAACUCUAUCAACGAGUACAUGAAUGCCACAAAUAUGUUGGAGAACUAUGGAAAGCGUCGCAAAAGACGAGGAGGUCGACGUGGGAACACUUCGAAUAUGGAUAAAGAUUAUGUAGAGUUCCGAGGGCGCAGAGUGAGCCUAAAGGAUGACACUGACAAAUACUUGCAGCCAAACAACGAUGAAAUUGCUGCUGUCGAAUCCUACGUAAAAUGUUUGCAAGGUAUCGAGAGAUUGGAGGCAUGCAUCGAUAAAGUGAGUAAGCAUAACCAGGUCCUUCGAGACAGAUACGGCAUCGAUAUCGAAUCUGCUGGCGCUAAAUCGAAUUUAGCGAGUCCCAGUGUAGACUCCAAGGUGUCUGGUAUCAAUGACAGUGCGAUCCAUCAAUGCGGAAAUGCAUUUUCGGAAAAUAAUGUUGAGACUUGCGAUGAGUCCAGUCUUUCCAGAAUUUCCUUGCCGCUUUUGUCUUCCACUCAAACUGACGUCACAAAACGAUCUAUGUUAAAUGAUACAGAAAGAUAUAAAGCUAUUACUGAGAUAGACAAAUAUGAUCUUGAUAACCAGAACAACAACAUUACAACGGAGGAUGAUGUCGAGCGCAAAAUCUUUGAUCAACUAAUGCACGCAGCCAAUUUUAGUAACUGUUGGAACUUGAAACAAUCCCAACAGGAACGCCUCCGGAAAGUAUCUGAUCUUAGAUCGCAAAGUCCGACAACUUACUCCAAGUUACGAGGGACUUUCGAUCAGAACGUUCACGGCAUCCUUAAUUUCGAUAAAGUUUCCACCUCCGAAGAUUAUCUCGGCCACAUUCGUGGAAUCGAGAGUAGCCCGUCGACGUUUAGGAAAACAAAACUCUCGAAUCAAACGGAUGAUAUUAGCUCGAAGAAGUUGCUCGAUUUUCAGAAUGAUUCUGGAGAAUACAAUGAAUCGCAAGAAGACAACGAUAAUCUGUCAGACAUCGAGGUAUCGAAUGAAUCGACAAUUUUCCAGAUAAAGCCUCAUGAUUAUAUGAUAGACGUUACAAAAUCGAUCGGAGCAGAACAAAAAGAAAUGGCAUGGAGAGCAAAAGAUAAUUUAAAAACACAGUUAAUAAAUUCCAAAUUUGGAGAUGUUCCUUUCACUAUGGAACUGAAAUAUCCUGGUAGUCCAAGAGCAAAAUUUUUGGAGCUCUUAAAAGAAAGAAGACGUAUCGUAGAAAGCAGCAGAGGUACGAAUGCAUUUUAGGGAGACUUAAGUGAUCUUCCUUUUUAAAUUGUAAAUCUAUUUUUCAAAUGUGCAUUUUGUAUUUUGACAACUAUAUCAAAGAGAUAAUAGUUAUAAUACUAUAAUCAAAUUAAAAAUAAAAAUAUUUUAAGAAAAAUUUGUAAAUAAUAGCAUCGUAAUUUCACGUCGUCUUAAUUUGUCAGCUUUUUAACUUACCGAUUUAUCUUUAGUAUAUAGCAUAAUUAUAAUAAUGAUUGUAUCGAUAAUUAUGUGUAAAGUGUUAGUGGACUUUAACUCAGAGAAAUAGGUUAUAAGUAAUAUAUAUUUAAUUUAAUAUAGUUUGUGAAAAACUUUUUCAUAUUUAAUAUUUAAUAUUUGGUAAAUUUUUUAUAUUAUCACUAACGUUUAAUAUCUAAUAUCAAACACACACACUG